CCCUGAUCAAUCCCAAAUGAACCACACACAGUAUAUAAAGGGAAUUUGGUCCAAAUUAAGAAGCCAAAGCUGCUGUCUGGAAGGUUGCUAAGAUGAGGACAGCCCUGUGUUUGUGGAUCGUUAUGGGAGUUCUCUGCCCGGGAGAGGUCAGAGGUCACAAAGGUAACGGAGGUGACCGCCACCACGGUCACAGUCGCGACCAUGGUGGUGACCAUGACUAUAGUGACAGGCGUGACAGCGAACAUGGUGACAGGCGUGGUCACGGGCGCGACCAUGACCAUGGUGACAGGCCCGACCACGACCAUGGUGACAGGCCCGACCACGGUCACGGGCGCAACCAUGACCAUGGUGACAGGCGCGACCAUGGUGACAGGCGCGACCAUGGGCAUCAUCAUCAUCAUCAUCAUCAUGAGCCCAGUGACAACAGCACUAAACCAGUGAUCCAAGGAAACUUGGAGUUUGCUUGCAGCCUGUAUAAUCAGCUGGUGGCUCAGCCUGACAACCAGGGCAAGAACGUGUUCUUCUCCCCGCUGAGUGUGUCCCUGGCCCUGGCCGCUCUGUCUGUGGGGGCCAAGGGUCAAACCCACCAGCAGCUUUUCACUGUUCUGGGCUUCAACAGUAGCCUACUGAUCCAAGAACAGGUGGACCAGGCCUUCCAGACCAUCCUCACACAGCUCAACCAGAAAAUAGGUGUGAACCUGACCGUAGGAAGUGCACUUUUCAUGCAAAACAACUUUACACCACACCCCGAGUUCCUUGAGGACUUGAAGCGUUUCUACCUUUCUGAGGGUGUCACAGUGGACUUCACCAACACUGCUAAGGCCAUCGAUACAAUCAAUACAUACGUGGGGGACAAGACUAAAGGCAAGAUAGAUAAGUUAGUCAAAGAUCUGGACCCAACCACUGUCAUGUACCUCCUCAGCUACAUUUACUUCAAAGGAAAAUGGGAGAUUCCAUUUAACCCUGCAGACACAAAGGAGGACACAUUUCAUGUGGAUGAAAACACCACUGUUCCGGUCCAGAUGAUGAGUAUGAUGAAGAGGUUCUCCGUCUACUACGACCAGGAGAUCUCCACCAGUAUCCUGCAUCUCCCCUACAACGACUCAGUGUCCAUGAUGUUGGUGCUACCCGAGAAGGGACUCGCUAGUCUGGACGAGGUCAUAUGCCUCAACCACAUCACCAAGUGGCACAGGUGGAAGAAAGCCAGGGAAUAUCAUGUAUAUGUUCCCAAGUUGUCCAUCACCACAACAUACUCCCUCAAGGACAUUCUGAGUGGAAUCGGAAUGCCGGACAUAUUCAGUGAUCGAGCUGACUUCAGUGGAAUAUCAGAGGAACUGAAGGUGGCUGUCUCAGAGGUGGUGCAACAAGCCUCCUUGGACGUGGAUGAGGCUGGAGCAACCACAGCAGCUGCCACAGGUGUGGUCCUUAUGCCCCUCUCCUCCCGACACACCCAUGUCUUGAAGUUCGACCAUCCAUUCAUGGUCUUUGUCAUGGACCGGGAGACCAAGAAUAUUCUCUUCAUGGGCAAGAUUAUCAACCCAGCCAACAAAUAAAACCGGUGCUAUGUAAAACCUGUGCUGCAGAAAACAUGUGGUCUAUUAUCGCAAAUUGAAAUCUAAGUGCUGCUGUUAGGAAACCAGUAAGCAAACCCAUCCAAACUCUUCUGGGUCAAUCUAGCCUGGGAACCCAAAGCUAACAAGUGUAUAAAUCCUCUGUAUUCACUUUGCUGGAUAUUUGUACAACUAUUAAAUACAUAUCACCAUUUGC